UACUAAUGAAUCACUCGCAGUGCUGGGCAAAGAUCCAUCUAGUGUCCGCCACUCUUCACUGAGAGCAAGUCGGAGCGGAGGCUGACGUUCGCUUUCUUCGGGAAGUCAUGAAGAAUUCAAGUUCAAAAGUGAUAGUCGUCGCCAGGUUGCUCAGUACUCUGGGGAUUAUUUUUUCCCUGUUGACUUUCUGCACCAACUGCUGGCUGCUCGCUACCGAAACCUGUGUACUGCCAAAAAAUGACACAGAACCGGAGUUCAGUCAGGAAGCUCAAGUUGGGACAAAGUUGAAACCUACUCAAACAUUAGAUCAAAUAAAUAAAUUGCCAAAGAAUUCAUGGAAUCAAAGUGGACAUGGAGACCAACUUGAACGGCACAUUCAACAGCGGAGUAUUGCUGAAACAAUGAAAAAAAUUAAAUUUUUUCCUGGAAUGUACAGCUUCUACAGCAAAGCAUCUGCGAAGACUUUUCACUAUGAGGGUUUCUUCUGGAGUUGUGCAAUGAGAGUACGACAUGUUGACGACAGUUUUUCAUCAUAUGUGUUUUAUGAGCACGCUGUUUCAAAAAGCUGUAUAGGAGCUUACCAUCUCCCUUUCCCAACAAGGCUGAACCAGAACAGCUCUGCUUAUGACUCUGCCACUGGUUAUCGCCAUUCCUGGAGUGUGCUGAUCGUGUUGUCUGUACUAACCAUUGGAGUCGGUUUUGGACUCAUUGUUUAUGAAGCCCUCCAAGGACAUGACUCUAUGUACAUACUAGGAGGAGGAUUUUUUCUUUUGGCUGGUACUUUAUCCACAUUUUCCAUUAUUAUGUACAUCUAUUGGAUUCAAGCUCUUGUUGCUGUGAUGGGUCAGAUCAUUGUACCAAAUGAAGCAUGCCUACACCCGAUGGUUAAAGUUCAGUUUGGUUGGUCUUUCAUGGUGGCUCCUGUAGGCACAUUCUUUUCCAUAGUUGCAGGUUUACUUUUCCUUCAGGUUGGAUAUAUUGCUCAAAAGAAAAAAAAGAACAUGUUGUAUUCUUUGCCAAUUGAUAAAGUUGGUGAUGAUGAACUCUGAUUGUAUUUUCAUGCUAUGAUUUCCUAUUUCUUCAAUUUUCUCCCCAUCUCUCCAGAAGUCACAUUCAGUAAAUACCUGCAGCCCUCUUGUCCCUCAUCCCACUCACUAUUGUUUAUAACUGAGCGUAGGAAAUGUUUGCUGAUGAGCUGUUCGCCUGGACUCACUCAGCAUCCAUAUGAGUGCUGUUCUGUGCCUUGCAUGCUGCACUGUAAUCAGAUUGCAGUACCUUGACUUGUUUCCUUCUAUGAGCCCAUGAGCAUGGAAGUAACUUGGUUUGUUUGUAUAGUUUCUGGGCUUACUCAAUGUAGACUGUGUCAAACCUGGGAGUUUCUUAGACUGAAUCAUUCAUGACUAUAUAUUUCGUCUUUGAACACCCGGAAAUCAGCUUUUUAUGACUUUCAAACCUUUUUGAUGUGAAAGCUGUGUCGUAUAUUUGAAAUUAUAUUUUGCUCUCUAAGCUUAAAUUAAUAGAAGACUUUAACCACUCCAACAGAUGCUCUCAACACACAAGACUUUGUAGCUAAAGCAGAGAAGUGGAAAAUGUGCUUUAUAGAAAUAAGCCUUAUUCUCUAUUUAAUUGUGCUUCAUGUAAUCUGGAGUGCCUGACAUUUACAAGGGGCAUUUAGAACACUAAGGCUUUCCGUACAGCAUUAGUGACAUUCUGCACCUUCUUAACCCCCAGAAUGACAAAUUAUAUGUUGCUUCAAUUGUUGCAGCAAAUUAUAAGAACAAAGCUUGGCAUCAAUUAAUAUACAUACAUGGUUUCUCCAGUCUAUUUCCCCCUACUUAUUUUUAAAGUUGGCAUUCAUUUUGUUCUUAUCUGCACACACUUCCUUUCAGCAGCUGCACUGCUCUAUGCUAUCAUCUUUAUUGAUAUUCAUUUGAAUAACAUCAUUCUAUUUUGAGCAUUUAGCAAUGUUCUGAAAAAUAUAAAUUAAUCUAGUGAGAGAGGUGCAGAAUUUAGUUCAAUCACUUGAUGUCACCACUGCUAGUGAAACCAUCAAAACGAAAAUCUUUUACCUUCUGAGUGAUUGACAACUAAGCAGUAAGAUUACAGAAAAAAAUUUCAUCUAAUAAAGUAAUCUAAUAAAAAAACCUCAUCAAAGUAACUAAUAAAAUCCAAAAAUACCAUUGAUAUUCUUAAACUAGUGCAGCUUUGCCGUUGUGGAUGUAAGAAUAUCUUCACCAAUCCUGUUAUUGCAGUGGAAAGCUACAUUUGAAGAGAGUUGGAAGUUUGGCUAAGCGAUUUUAUUCAAUGUUGUCUACAGAAGCAUUUGCAUAAUGAGUGGCUCUGAUAUACUAUUAGUAAGCAAUGUCCCAUUGCAAUAUUCUGCAAUUACUAUAUACUCUUCUAACAAUGGCAGUAACUGAUUUAUCCAGCCUUGAGUUAUGAUCAUACAGCACAGAAGCAGGUACUCUUGGCCCAGCUUGUCCAUGCCGACUGUGAUGCCUGUCCAUACCAAUCCCAUUUUCCUGCAUUUAGCCCCUAUCCUCUAUGCCUUUCCUAUCUAACUAUCUGUCCAAACGCUGUUUAAACAUUGUAACUGUAUCUGCCUCCACCAGUUUCUCUGGCAGCUCAUUCCGGAUAACUACCACCCAUUGUAUGAAUACUUACCCCUCAAGUUUUCUUUAAGUUUCUCUCUUCUUACUUUAAAACUGUACCCUCUAGUUCUAGACUCCCCUGCCAUGGGAAAGGACCCUGGCUGCCUGUCCUUUCUUUUCCUUUCUUAAUUUCAUAAACCCCUUUAAGGUCACUCCUCCCUCAGCCUCCUAAGUUCCAGUGAGAAUAAACCCAGCUGAUCCAAUCUCUCCACUCUCUGUGUUGCUUCCUCAUCCUUCCUAUAUGCAAUACUCUAAGUGCUGUCUAAUCAAUGUUUUGUAGAGCUGCAACAUAACAUCCCAACUCUGAUAUUCAGUGCCUUGGCUUAUGAAGGCAAGCAUACCAAAUGCCUUCUUCACUACCCUAUCCACCUUUCAGUGAGCUAUGGGUUUGCACCAUAAGGUCCCUCUGUUCAUCAACACUCCUAAGGUCCCUGCCAUUUAUCUGGAUGCCCUACCAGAAUUUGACUUCCCAAAAUGCAUUACCACACACUUGUCUGGAUUAAAUUCCAUUUUCCCUCACUAUGUCCUGCUGUAUCCUUGGACAACUUUCUUUCUAUCCAUGACUCCAGUAAUGUUUGUGCCAUCUGCAAACUUAAUAAUCAGACCACCUGCAUCUGCAUCCGAGUAUAUUAUAAACAGCAAAGGUCCUAGCACCAAUCUCUAUGUUACAGCACUUGUUACAGAGUUACAGUCAGAAAAACACUCAUCCACCACUAUACUCUGCCUCCUAUCAUAAGCCAACUUUGUCAACAUGCCUCAGAUCCCUUGUGCCUUAACCUUCUGGACCAACCCACCAUGUGAGACCUUGCCAAAGGCCUUACUGAAGUCUCUGUAAACCAUGUCUGCUGUGUUGUCUUCAUCAAUUUUCUUAGCUACCUCCUCAAAAACUCAAUCAGAUUUAUGAGUGACGACCUCCCCUGCACAAAGCCACGCUAACUCAUAAUGACUCCCACCUUUCCAAGUGAACAUAAACCCUGUUCCUCAGAAACUUCUCCAAGAACUUCUCUAUCACUGAUGGAAGGCUUACUGGCCUGUAGUUUCCAGGCUUAUCCCUACUGCUUUUUUUGAAUAAAGGACCGACUUUAGCUAUCCCCCAGUCUUCUGGGUACCUCACCCAUGGCUGAUAAAAAUGCAAAGAUCAGAGCCCCAGCAAUCUCCUUUCUUGCUUCUCUCAGCAUCCUGAGUUAGAUUCUCUCAGGCCCUGGGGAUUCAUCCAUCAUAAUGUGCUCCACUACUUUUAGCAGUUCGUCCUUCCUAAUAAUGACAUACUCCAGAAUAUCAAUGUACCACUCUUUAACUCCACAUCCUUCUUCCUGGUGAAUACAGAUGAGACGUAUUCAUUUACGACCUGGCUCAUAUCCCCUGGUUCCACACAUAGAUUACAUCUUUGGUCCCUGUGAGGACCUACACUUUCCUUACCUACUCUCUUGCUUCUAGUAUACAGUACUUGUAAAAGGUUUUAGGAUCUUCCUUAAUCCUGCUUACCAAGAUCAUUUCAUUGUCUCUUUUUGUCCUCUUAAUUUCUUUCUUAAGUUCUCUCCUGUAUCCCCUGUGAACCUACUUCAGCCAGUUUCUGACUUAUCAGAUCAAAUUCUUAUUGUUGAAUUUCUUUGCACUCUCAUCCAAUGUGUGCUUUCUAGAUAGUCAAGAUUGCAAGUUUGGGUAUUGUUAUCAAGUAACUUUGACCUGCUACGUUGGUUGUAGAUCCCUUUGUCUUGCCUAUAGCAGAUUGCUUCUGCUGUUUGGCAUGCAUAGAGUUCAGUUUUGUAUUAUUAACUGGUUGCUUUCUAAUUUUUUUGGGGGGGAGGGUCAAGGAGAGCAAAAGCACUCCUUGUCCUUACUCCCCUUCAAUCUGACUCUUCAGGCAGAAAAACUACAGCACCAUUCCCACACAAUGGUCACGUUCCAGUUACGUGCACAUGUACAGGAACAUCCUCUCAGCUUGGAGACGGUGCAUUAUUGUUAUGACUUUCUGCCAAGUGAGAUAAGCUCAAACCCAGAGCAAUGAGUUCCUGAUUUCCAAAGACAGGAGAUCUGGCUGUUUUAAAUGGCAUCAGACCACAUUCCUGAGCCCAGAGAAUUAAAUUGUUCCCUUGAGUUUCAUUUUCACUAAUCCAGUUUCUUGUGAAGUUGGUUUAAUCUUUGUUUGAAGUAAACUCAUUCAUGGCUCUAUUUUAGUAAAAUUGUUAAGACACACUGAUUCUGAGAAUUACAGUCAGCACUGAAAGCAGACAAAAGCUGAUGUUAAUUUAAACACAGGAGUAAAGGUAGCCAGAAGAAAACCUUGUACCCAUGCCACAAAAUUGUGAUUGCUUAUGCAUCCCUGUUGAUAGAAUCUCUGCCCAACCGAUAUCUGUGUGACCCUAAGGAAGAUGUGAAAAAGUAAAUUGAAAAUCUAAGGCAAUUUAGGAAUAAAGAUUGGGAAACUUCUCUCUGCCUCACUUCAGUAAACCCACUAGUCCAGAAGCCCACUCCGGCUUUAUAAUUUUAUUCUGUGUGAGAUGAUCACUUCUCCAAUCAGAAAUGGAGCUCACUUGAUUACCUUAUUCAAACAUUAUUUUAAUAAUUGCCAGAAUUAACAAUCUGUUUCAUCAGCUGCAAACCAACAUUGUUUUUAAAAUUAGCAUUUUGCUUGUUCACUUCCUGUUUCCUAUUUUCCCUCAGUGUCAAUACUUACCCUUCCUUCAUCCAAAAUGUCCAGUUGCAUCUCCACCCAGGUGGGUAAGUCUUCCUAUUGCUGUUACAUGGCAUCAGAAGCUGUGAUCCUUCCAUGAGUUUGAUACCAUGCACAUGAAUACGACAGUACAAUUGGUGGUGUGAUAUUGGAGCAGGAUCAUGACUAGGUUCAAACACUUUGACCCACCAGGAGAUGGGUCAAAGGUAAGGAGUAAUCUGCUCUCCUGUGUAUCCAGUGAAACUGCUCUCCCCUCCUCUCCCUCACUUGCCUAUCGUUAUCUCUUACCUGCAUCUACCUAUCACCACCUUGUGCCGAGCCCGCCUCCCCUCUUUUGUCCACCUAUCACUGUUCUGCUUUUCCCUCUGAUAUACAGGGCUUCCCCUUUCCCUAUCUUCAGUCCUGAAAAAGGGUCCUGACCUGAAAUGUUGACCGCCUGCUUUUCUCCAUGGAUGCUGGCUGGCCUGCUGAGUUCCUCCAGCAUCAUAGUGUUUUUCAUCUAGAUAUUCCAGCAUCUGCAGUCCUUUGUUUCUCAUGACUUGGUUCAAUGGAGUAGCAGAUUAAUGAUUAAAGGCACGAGAGGUAAAAGGCCAAUAUUUGGGACCAGGGAUUGCAAUUGAAGUUAGAAAGCGGGGGAGAUUAUGACCUUGAAUAGUAAAAUAGUUGGUACAAGCUGAAAGGCUGGGGUCUGGAAAGCCUCCCACAUAGGAAAUCCAGGCAUAAUAUGUUGGGGCAGAAUAAACAGUUGGGAGGUAAAAAAAAUGCCCCAAAUCCACAUUGGAAUGAAAAGAAGGUCAGUGCACGAGAUGAGGAGUUCUGGUACACAUAUCAACAACGUUAAAUUAAAGGGCAUCUUGUUGCUAGAAAAAAGGGAAAUUCAAAGCUAAUUAGCAGACAAAAAUUUGAGUGAAAUGUAUUGCAAUUUAAAAUAUGUAACUUAUUUUAAGGAGUAAAUUAAUUUAACAUAAUUCUGUCUUCAUUUCCAAAAACACCUUAGUAAAUGAGACAUUCAUUAUGCAGUACUACAAGAUCUGAUUGCUAAGGGCGCCUUGUGGUUUUGGCAUUAGGCCAGCAACACAAAGCCAACAAAACAAGAGACUUCCUCUGUUAUAUGUGGAAUGGAAUUGAAUGAAUCUAUUAAUUUGUGGAUAGGCACCAAAAAGAGGAGAGAAAAACUGUAACUCUUGUUAAAAAAUCAGCUCUUCCAUUCAUGCACUUCAAUGAUGGAAACCUGCUUGGGGUUAAACUGCUUGUAAAUAAAUGUCCCUUUCCAAUAAAAUUAGUAGACUAAAUUGUAUUAUCAUUUCUUGUAGAUCUACCAGGCUAAUAAAUGUGGAAAUUCAUGGAGCAAUUCCACUGCAAGUAAUGGUAUAAGUCAUGUUUUUGUGGACAGGUCAUUUUAUAAAAUGUUUCUGCUAUGAAUGAAUCUUUUUUGUAUUUUGCCUUCAUUGUGAAUAGAUUUGCUUCAGUUGAUUUUAAAAAGUCUUUCAAAUGUUGCUUUGAUUCAAUGGCAUAGGGCAUUUCAUUUAUAUGUGGUCAUCUAAAUCUGUGCUGCACAUCUGUGACGGGUUGUUUGUGGAAUGGGUCUGUGUCACACAAAGUGCUGUCGCAGGAGCCCAUUGGCUGCCUUGCCAUAUGGGGUUUUCAACACCUUGCACAAAUUGCCAUCACUGCCACAACUCCUUUAAGGGAGCAGCUGGUAUGUUGUCUGGCAGAAUUGGGAGGGUGCUUUGGUUGUAUGCAGGAGGAAGGGCAAUUCACCCUGUGAAUGUCAUGCCCAUGUCUUUGGGGGAGGAGGGGUGCAGGGGGGUACCAGAUGCAGAGGGACCAGAAACAGAGGGAUCAUUAUCCUGCCUGGUCCGAUAUUCUGGGCGUGAGUCUAGAUCAAGGUCCAUAUCCAGCUGUAGAUGCAGAUGUGCUGUACAAAUGGGUAUAUAUCUGAUACAGUAUAACACUGCAUUCAUGACACCAGUGGGCACAGGUCUCUUGCUGUAUGCCACUGGGGUACAGUACUGGUGAGCACAGAUCUGCCUCCAUAUAACAUGGGUACAGUACUGGUGGACAAAUGUUUGCAACUGAAUAAUACUGGGACACCAUACAGUGGGCACAGUCUGUCAAUAUAUACACAGAUCCCAUACUGGUGGACACAGGUCUAUCACUGUAUAACAUUGGGACAGUACUGAUAGGCAUUGUGUAACACUGAGGUACAGUACUGGUGAGCACAGGUCUGUCUCUGUAUAAUAUGGAUACAUUAUCGGUGGGUACAGGCUUAUCAUUGUAUCACACUAGGGUACAGUUGUGUUGGCACAGAUCUGUCGCUGUGUAAGAUUGGGGUACAGUAUUUAUGGGCAGAGGUCUGUCAUUUGUACAACACUGACUGUUGCCACCUUCUCACCAGCAUUAACUGCAAUGUUUUGUAAAGCUGGGACAGGCACUGAGGGCUGUAAGAGUUUACAUUACAUGCCCACUAGGUCCUCCAUCCCAGGUCUUGUUAGAGGCAGGCAUGUGUACAUGAACGUGACAUAUGCUGGUUAUUCAGGGAGAAAGGAAGAAACCUACUUCCUAUCUUCAUGAAAUGUGUGAUGUUUGGCUUCAGAAAGAUGUGAACACCCAGAUUUGUAAUCCAAAACACUACAUUUUUAUGCAUUUUUCUUAAUUGAUUGGCAAAAUGAAAUGUGUUUUUCAUAAGCAUCCCUUGGAAGUGACUGGACUGUAAAUCUGACCCCUUCCACAAAAAAGUUGUAUAUUACUGAUGUGGAUUAUGAAUUAAUUUUUGUGCAUUAAUAUCUGUUGGUGAAAAUCUCAAAUGUAUACAGAAAUCUGUUUAAAGUUUAAUUUCACAAUAAAGUCUGGAAAAGAUAA